AUGUUCGCCAAACGUGCCGUAUCAGCUCUUACCAACGCCGUCAAGGUCCAAAAUGCCGGAAUUGCCACCACCGCCCGCGGAAUGGCUGCUUCUGGAGCUGAGGUCUCCAAGAUUCUCGAGGAGAGAAUUCUCGGAACCGAGACUGGAAUCAAUCUUGAGGAGACCGGAAAGGUCCUCUCCAUCGGAGACGGUAUCGCUCGUGUCUACGGAUUGAAGAACAUCCAAGCAGAAGAAAUGGUUGAGUUCGAUUCUGGAAUCAAGGGAAUGGCCAUGAACUUGGACGUUGACAACGUCGGAGUUGUAGUCUUCGGUAACGAUAAGGUCAUCAGAGAAGGAGAUAUUGUCAAGCGUACCGGAGCUAUCGUCGACGUUCCUGUCGGAGAUGGACUUCUCGGACGUGUUGUUGAUGCUCUCGGAAACCCAAUUGACGGAAAGGGACCAAUCAACUCUGCCAAGAGAUCUCGUGUCGAAGUUAAGGCUCCAGGAAUUAUCCCACGUCUUUCUGUCCGCGAACCUAUGCUUACUGGAGUUAAGGCUGUCGACUCUCUUGUCCCAAUCGGACGUGGACAACGUGAAUUGAUCAUCGGAGAUCGUCAAACCGGAAAGACCGCUAUUGCCAUCGACACCAUCAUCAACCAGAAGCGUUUCAACGACGCCGGAGAUGACAAGAAGAAGCUUUUCUGCAUCUACGUUGCCGUCGGACAGAAGAGAUCAACUGUCGCUCAGAUUGUCAAGCGUCUUACCGAUGCCGGAGCUAUGGACUACACCAUCGUCGUCUCCGCUACUGCCUCUGACGCCGCCCCACUUCAGUUCUUGGCUCCAUACUCGGGAUGUGCCAUGGGAGAAUUCUUCCGUGACAACGGAAAGCACGCUCUCAUUAUCUUCGACGAUUUGUCCAAACAAGCUGUUGCCUACCGUCAAAUGUCUCUUCUUCUCCGUCGUCCACCAGGUCGUGAGGCUUACCCAGGAGAUGUAUUCUAUCUUCACUCUCGUCUCCUCGAACGUGCCGCCAAGAUGAACAACACCCUCGGAGGAGGAUCUCUCACCGCUCUCCCAGUUAUUGAGACUCAAGCCGGAGAUGUGUCUGCUUACAUUCCAACCAACGUCAUUUCCAUCACAGACGGACAAAUCUUCUUGGAGACUGAACUCUUCUACAAGGGAGUCCGACCAGCUAUCAAUGUCGGUUUGUCUGUAUCUCGUGUCGGAUCUGCUGCCCAGACCAAGGCCAUGAAGCAAGUUGCCGGAUCCAUGAAACUCGAAUUGGCUCAAUACCGUGAGGUCGCUGCCUUCGCCCAAUUCGGAUCUGAUCUCGAUGCUGCUACUCAACAGCUUUUGAACAGAGGAGUCCGUCUUACUGAGCUCCUUAAGCAAGGACAAUACGUGCCUAUGGGAAUUGAAGAGCAAGUCGGAGUCAUCUACGCUGGAGUUAAGGGAUACCUCGACAAAAUCGACCCAUCCGCCAUCACCAAGUUCGAGAAAGAAUUCUUGGCUCACCUCCGUUCAUCUCAGCAAGCUCUCCUCAAGGUUAUCCGCGAAGAAGGCCAAAUCUCCCCACAAACCGAUGCUCAACUCAAGGAUGUCGUUACCAACUUCUUGGCUACCUUCAAGCCAUAA